UGCCCAGAACGUAGAAGGAUUCGAGCAGAAAAGACAAAUGCACUGCGGCUGGAAGCUUCCAAAGCCCUUUCAAGACCCUUCCCACUAAUCUAUCCCCCCGGGCUCAUCUUCUGUCUGAUUCGUGGCGUGUUCCUUCUUGUGCUGCCUGCAGCUCCCGCCGGCCACGAGCCGUGUCGGAGAAACUAAACACCUCCGCAGGGCCCAUCAUCCCCCAGCCUUCGUCAUCCUCGACAAACACCAGAGCAACCCUCGUGCGCGCCACCAGAGCUUGCACCUCAACCCGCGUGGGGUCACCAUCAUCUGCACUUCGAUCCCAAUCUUCGUACCAUACUUUUUCCUAUCCACGUGCUCACUCAUAUACGACUCUACGAGCUCCCUCCCGUGUCGGAACUCGACCGAAUCCGGCCCAUCGAGACAUCCUUCCUCCCCCUCCCCCGACAAACACAUUUUUGAUCCGCCGCCAUGCGAUUACAAUCAAGCGGAAUCACGCUACUGCUGUCUGCGGUACUACCCAGUCUAGGUUCGGCGCUGAGCUUCGACUGCGCUCACAUCAACGUCGACAAGUACAAGUACGACUUGAGUCCCCUAGGCGGCGUCCAUGAGCUAUACCACGUGAACGAGACAGAGGCCGCCGUGACGAAUACAACCUAUGUUCUCAAUAUUUGCAAAACCCUGGGCAGCAAGGCUGCGGACCGUGGAGAUGCUGGGAAAUGCGGACAGACCAAGCGCAUCUGCGGAUUCGUAAACCGACAUCCAACCGACGGCAACGGCAGUCAGCGCUUCGGCUUCCCGAUCGUCGGCCUCGAACACAUGGGCGGGGGCUCAAUGGAGCCAGAGAUCACGCGACUAGCCACGAUCGACCCCGAAACCGAGGGUGUCCGAGUCAAGCUCGCCGGUGGCGAGUUCAGAGGCGACGACGACGAGGGAAAGAAGAAGCCUACGGCCGCCGUGAUUGAUUUUACGUGUGACCCGGACCGGUCUGGACUGGAAGGGCUCGUCACGGAGGAGGACAGCGCGGAUGCGGGUGAGGAGAAGCGCCGUCGGGAUGAAAAGCCUAGGGACGGCAGUCUGCAGUUCAAGAGCUUCGGCUUGUCCGAGGAUGAUACGUAUGUCUUGAAGCUGGAUUGGCGCACGAGGUAUGCUUGCGACGAUUACCAGCGCGGGAAGCAGCCGAAUAACUCGAAUUCUUGGGGUUUCUUUACUUGGAUGAUUAUCAUUGUCUUCCUUGGUGUCGCCGCCUAUCUCAUUUUCGGCUCCUGGCUCAAUUACAACCGCUACGGCGCCCGUGGCUGGGAUCUCGUCCCGCACGGUGAUACCCUCCGCGAUAUCCCCUACCUCUUCAAAGACUGGGUCCGUAGCGUAAUCAACACGCUUCAGGGGUCGGGGUCGAGAGGCGGGUACAGCGCGGUAUAAACGAUCUCAUUUACAUGUGUUGGCAUCGGGUUUGGUUCAGCUUAUCCAGCUUUUGAUCUUUUUCCAUGAGGCUCGCCGAUUGGGCUGUAUUCUUUUUUUUUCCUGAGUCUCUUUUUUUCGGGGCAGUGUGUUAAAUGAACAGACUAGGGGGGUUCUCACUGAUAUGUACCGUAGAUUACUUGCGGGGAAGAGUGUGCUUAUUGGGACGGUCAUCUCGUGAGUCUUGUCUGUAUGGCGAAAGAUGUUGAGUCUUAUAUCAUCGCGAGACAUAGGCUUGUGGAAUAUAUGGUUGGUGCUGCCGUUUCAGCUCCCGAGAAGUAUUCGAGAAGUAUUCGAGACCUCGGGACAUUACGUAUACAUAUCGCUUCUUUUCUCGGUCUAAUUGCUUAGUGCGAUUCUAAACCUGCAUAGGUGUCAGGCACCUGAAGGAGAGUACAGCGGGAGUAGACAUGCCCAAGUAAAUCAAGUUCUAUACUCCAGCAUACCUCG